GUAGUUAAAUGGUAUGAUUGGCACGCAUACGGAGAGCACGUGAGGCUGAGGAUCCAUUGUUUUGGGUGUGAUUUUAUCGUACGCCACCUACUAAGCGUCCACUUGUCAUGCAACGAAGAUGAUUGUUUUGUAUGGGCAAACAACACUUUGCCCCGUUAUAAAUUCUCUCUCUCCCCCUUUGCAUGAAAUUGUGGGAUUUUGGUUCUGUUUUCUUAGAGAAGAGAAAGAGCAAAAGGGUUCUCAAGAGACAUUGACAUUCUUUCGAAAGGAAACUUUUAACUUCCUUGCAUAUAUUAAUAUUUGUAUCAUUUACUAUCCUAACAAUACAUGGCCAUAUUUGACCUCCACCAUCCAUGGCUCUUUGUGUUCGGAGUCUUAGGAAACAUUAUCUCCAUAUUGGUCUUCUUAGCUCCAGUGCCAGCAUUCCGCCGAAUCUGUAAAGAAAAAUCCACCAUGGGUUUUCAAUCAGUGCCAUACGUGGUAGCACUAUUUUCGUCCAUGUUGUGGAUGUAUUAUGCAUUUAUCAAGAAAAAUGCGAUUCUUCUAGUCUCCAUCAACUCAUUCGGUUGCGUUGUCGAGACCAUUUACAUCUCCAUUUUCAUCCUCUACGCAUCCAAAGAAGCUAGGAGACAGACGGUGAAGCUUUUGGUAUCAUUGAUCGGAGGAUUGUACUCAUUGAUAUUUCUAGUUACUUUAUUCCCUUUGAACGGAGCCAGUAGAGUACAAGUUGCGGGUUGGAUUUGUGUAACCGUAGCAGUGGCUGUUUUUGCAGCACCUCUUAGCAUUGUGUUUCAAGUAGUUCGGACAAAGAGUGUGGAAUUCAUGCCCUUCACCCUCUCUUUCUUUCUUACUUUGAGCGCUAUCAUGUGGUUUGCCUAUGGUCUCCUACUAAAGGACUUGUGUAUUGCACUGCCGAAUGUAUUGGGUUUCUUCCUGGGAAUGAUUCAGAUGUCGCUGUAUGGAAUGUACCGAUUCGUGAAGCCAGCAGCAGAAUUAGAGAAAAAAGUGCCGGAGCAUGUAAUAAAUAUGGUCACGGUUGGAAACUCAGAACAAAUACAUCCUCUUAACUCCGAGGACAUGAUAAAGAAGCCCCACGAUCAGGAACAAAACAGGGAGAGCAUCGCAAGCCUAGUACCCAUGGCAAACGACCAAGAGAAUGAAGAACUUCCGGGCGGCGACCUGGCUCAAGUGAACAACUUCCAGUCCCUUCAAACACCAGUGCUUGUCGUGUGUGCUGCAUGAGCUUCACUCCUUAAUUAAUCUUUGAUUAUUUUAUCGUUUUACUGCCCUAUCUGCUUGUAUGUUUCUUCUUCUUCUUUUAAAAAAGAAACUAUUUAUAAUUGAUAUAUAUAUAUAUAUAUAUAUAUAUAUCCCUACCACAUCUCAUUUCCAUUUCUCUGUAAAAAGAGGAAAAGAGAAAUUGUAUGAAUCAAAAGGCCGAUAUAUUAUUUAUAUUAUUUACAUUUCAAUCCACAGUUUCUUUUUCUUUCUAA